AUGUCCUCAAAUCCCGUCGGUGCUGUCCAUCAGGCCAGCGCAGUCUCAUCACGCGGCAACUUCGAGCUCCCGUCUCAGCGACCGCCAGCAGCAGACAGAGUCUCGCGUCCCUCUCAGGCUCGACCAAGUGAAGCGCACGACGAUCAAAAACAGGCUUAUCAGGGCGACCGAAAAGUUCGAGCCAUGACAUCUUCACUUCGCGUCCACCACUUUGAUGGGGAAUACGACGACACUUCGCUUUCAGUCUCGUUCGAUACUCUACAGGAUCUGGUGGCACACGCUCAGAAUCUCAAGAACACCAUCCAGGCACUUCGUCAACCCGCUCCGAACACUCAAGCCAACUCGAAUCAAGUUCAGGCAGAACUGGCCGAUGCUGAGAAAAAUGCCAACGAGCUCUGCGACUUCCUCGGCGCUUGCUGGGAGAUGAUCCCUGUCACGAACCGACCCUCUGCUCGCAGCGCCGUCAAAGCGCAAAAGGUCUUCGAUACACCUGAGCUUCUCGAGAACAUAUGCAUUCAUCUGAAUCCACUAGAUACGCUGGUGGCUCAACAAGUCGGACGUGUUUGGCGCGACGGUAUCAACAGCUCAGUCAAGAUCCAGCGUGCUAUCGGUCUUCGCCCAGAUGAGAGCUCGUACUUCAGCGCUCCAUUUGCCGAUUUCGAUGGCACGGGCAGCAUUCUGUCUCGGUAUACCCUUCCUGGCUUCUUCCUUGACAACUACGGACCAAACGUCGACUUCGACGCACAUGAGGCGGCAGCUGAGGGCAUUUCAAACACACAGGCUGUCAAAAUACAGAUCACUGCCGACUACCCAGUCUCGAUCGGGUCGCGCUGCCGCUUGCUCUCCCUCUGUCAGCCUCCGAUCAAAUCUGCCAGCAUGUUUAUCGGAAGCGAGUGUGAUGGGUGCAUCACAACUCAUUUCGAACAUGAGGCCAAGCUAGUCUCUGAAGACGGUGUCAAUGUUGGGCAGAUCAUGGACGCAGCCCAGCAGUUGAUUGACGCUCACAGGAUGGGCGAGGAGCAUGUGGAUGGGUACUGCCGUCCUAUCAUCGAGUUCCACGCUACCGUCACCCUCGCAGACGAUGAUCCCAUUAUGGUGGAACGUCGCAUGAUGGUUGCGUCUGUGGUCGAGGAUCGACGAAAACCAAGCUACCGCCCGUGCGACUGCUAUCAAUGCAACCUUUAUGCUCCACAUGCUUAA